AUGGGUGCCAAGCCAAAGCUCAUCGGGAAGAACAGGUUGCUCUCUGAUAUUCUUGCCCUCAUCAGCCAUUACUCCUGGGCACGGCAGCAAACAAAUCUACCCAACCGUUCUGUUCUUUUCAGGAUCCUCUUCAUCUUGCAAGUGGUACGGUUGGUGCUAACUUACAACUUUUCUAACUGUAACUCUGAGAAGAUUUUGAAAAUAUAUGGUGCAUUAAUUUCAACUGACUUGUGUAAAGAUUUGGAUAAGGAUAAGUUCGACCAAAUCAAGGACUGUGACAGCAGGCCGGCUUGUCUCCUGAAAAUCGAGCACUAUACUCUCAAUCCUAUCGCUGGCUGCCCAUCACUCCCCGACAAAGACUUCGCCUUGAGAACAAAAGAGGCCCUCAUUCACAACUGCCCCGGCUACUCUGAACCUGAGAGAAACAGAACUGAGGAAAUGGCACAAGAAGUCGAAAACAUCUGCCGGAAUCAAACCUUACAAAUUCUAGGACUGUGGUUUUCCUUCAUUCAAUCUCCACCACAAAAUUAGCUGUCAGUUUAUACCAUGAAAAUAUAUAUCUUGUUUUUAGUAGAUAUAAUGCUAAGGGUGUGACACUUAAAAGAACACUGAUGUUUAUUCUUUAAUUACAGAAGGGAUUCUUAACUUACUGUUUUGGCAUAUCGCUGUUGUUUAGUGUAGGUGUUUUAAAUGGGAAAAUGAGCAUUACCCUUUAAUGGAAAUAUCUGUACUGUUAAUGACUGGCUUCUGAGCAGUCUUUCUCAUCUCCCCUGCAGACAGCUUAUUCUAGGGCAAACCUAAGUGUAGUAGGAAUACAAUUGAAAGUAAAAAAAAAAAAAAAGUUGAAACCAAUGACAACAUCUAAACUCCACUUAAAGAGCAAGAAUUUUUCUACCUGUAAUGUUUCUUUCUAUGCUAGGAUUUUACUAAAGAAGAAGAAAGUGACAGCGAAGGAAAAGUGUUCAGACAGUCACUGCCGUGAUAAAGCAGUCUGAAAGAAGCUUGUGGAGUUUGAGAGAAACUGUGAUCCGUUUCGUAAAUCCAGCUGUAAAGUUGAUCAGACCCACAACAGUGGGAUGCACAAGCAGACCCACAACAGUGGGAUGCACAAGCAGACCCACAACAGUGGGAUGCACAAGCAGACCCACAGGGUCCUUCGUACAGCUCCAAGAUGUAUAUUUAAAGUUGUAGAUAAUGAAUUUCUAAUUUAUUUUGUGAGCACUUUUGAAACUAUACAUGCUGCUUUGUAACGAUUACAUUUCUGAAUAAAGUAAUUCUCAAUGAA